CCGGGUCACCGAGGAAUGUCUCAGACCAAGCGGAAAACCUCCACUCUUUCCCUGACCAUUGGUUCCCCAGCCAAUGAAGAGUCUAGCAGCAGCAAUAAAGCCUGCCACAGUUAUUCCACAUUAAUUCAGUCAUUAUCCAUUGACCCUCAAAGAAUGCAGAGUUCAUUGAAAAAGCAGACUGAAGCUGCCUAUGAAGCAGCCCCUGUCUUUAUAAAGGGCCUACAAAAUAUCAGAGCUGCCAAAGGACAACUAGUGGUAUUUGAAUGCCGAAUACGAGCAACGCCCCCUUUCCAAGUUCACUGGUACAGAGAGAACAAUCAAAUAAUCGAUUCUGCAGAUUUCCGGAUAUUAAGAAAAAAGGAAGUUUGCACCUUGGUGAUCACAGAAGCAUUCCCUGAAGAUUCUGGCCUAUUUACAUGUGUCGCUGAAAAUGAGUUUGGUGCAGUGGCAUCCGAUGCUUACCUUUUCGUUUCUGCAGGAAUAGAAGAAGUUUUUAAAAACACCCCAGUAUCAGAAGCACCGACUAUAAAGAGCAUCACCCCUGCACCAAGGAGCCAGUACUUUUCCAAUAUUAUGUUACAAAGGCCUGCUGCUGGCCCAACAAACCAGGCUGAGCAUGCAAGUUCUCGGUGGCAGAAUUAUGGGCACGAGAGCAAGGACUUCUGCGGCAUGUAUGAAAACCCUUCAGAGAACUCAAACUACCGGGAUUAUCAUCAUCAAGACAGCUACUCUUUUCUGAGGCAGGGGUUCCUUGCCUCCCGGGAACCUAGCCAAGAAAGGCCACAAAAUUUAUCGUCCAAUUCUUUCCAGCCACCAGCCCAAAGCCCGUUUUCACCUAAAGCACAGGAGAAUUGUGAAAGCUUCUCCAUGAGUGUCAGUAACCUCCCAUCUGUUUCCUCUAUGUACCAACCAAGCAUGUUUAACUAUGAGCGUCCAAAACACUUUAUCCAGUCUCAGAAUGCACAUCAAGGGAAACUGCAGCCUCCAGGACCAGAACCAUCCGCUACGCUUCCAAGCAGGCAAACCAAACAGUCUUCCAUUCUAAUCCAGCCUUGUAACCCUAGUGAGAAGAAGUUUUCUUCCUCUUCAUCAUUGAGCUCGCCAAUCUCACUCUCCUCGCCUUCAUAUAGUGCUUCAUUUCCCGUAACACCUGCAUCUGCACAGUCUCCUGCUAGCUCAUCAUCUGGGCAGAGGAUUUCAUCCAUGCAUAACCAGUCCCCUGCAGCAUUCCUUUGCUCUGUGUUGCCCUCCCACUUUGAUUAUAAUAGUCAAGGUCCUUCCUCAGUGGAAUCCAACAGUUAUUCAAAGCCUAUGUACAAGAAGCAAGCUAGCAGCACCAAACAAGUGCAGAAGACUUCUGACAGAGAGAUACAAGGAACAAAAGACGCUCUCAUUCAAGACUUGGAAAGGAAAUUACGAUGCAAAGAUAACCUUCUCCACAACGGCAACCAACGUUUAAGCUACGAGGAGAGAAUGGCUCGUCGGUUACUUGGACCAGAAAAUGCUGCAUCUGUGUUUGAAGCGCAGAGUGAGGAAAAUGCACUGGAUGGGCAGCAGCAGAAUUUAGAAACCACAAGACUGCAGGUGCCUACAGCACAAAGCAGGAGCAGACCAUCUUCAAGAGGAGAGAGGAGUGAGCAUGGCUCAAUCCAGGAGAAGUUUUUUCAGCCACGUUUUGUGCAAGUGCCUGAGGACUUAACAGUUGAAGAGGGACGAUUUUGCAGAAUUGACUUCAAGGUCAGUGGACUACCAACUCCAGAUGUGGCAUGGUAUUUGAAUGGACGGCUGGUUCACCCAGAUGACUUCCAUAAAAUGAUUGUAUCUGAAAAAGGCUUCCACUCAUUCAUUUUUGAAGUAGUUCAUGUCUCUGAUGCAGGAACAUGGGAGUGUGUAGCUUUCAAUCGUGCUGGAGAAGCUUCAUUUACAGUAAAACUCGAUGUCAUUGCACGAGAACAUCGGAAAGCCCCAAGUUUCAUCUUUAAACCACAAAGUACAAAAGUUUAUGAGGGGGAUUCAGCCAGGCUCGAAUGCCAAGUCUCUGCUAUCCCUCCUCCACAAAUCUACUGGAAAAGAAAUAAUGAAAUGGUACAGUUUAAUACAGAUCGAAUAAGUAUGUUUCAUGAUGCUUCUGGGAAAGUCUGUUUGUUGAUCCACAAUGUAAUUAAGAAAGAUGCUGGCUGGUACACAGUAUCUGCAGUCAAUGAGGCAGGAGUAGCAACUUGUCAUGCCAGAUUGGAUGUUGCCACUCACAUGUAUAAACCAGUUCCGCAUCCAAAGCAACUGAGAGUUCGACCAACUUUUAGCAAAUACUUGGCACUAAAUGGCAAAGGUCUGGAUGUGAAACAAGCUUUCCUGCCUGAUGAAGGCGAGUUUCAGCGUAUGGCAGCGCAGUCUGGACUCUAUGAGAGUGAUGAACUUUAAUUGAAAACAGGGAAGAAGUUCUAGGGCUCCUGCAACAUACACUUAGGUAUGGCACAUAGGUGCAAUUAAGUGGUGGUUGCACUGAUAGGAAACAUAUCUAGCACAUUUUUAAUUUAUAUUUUGACUCAGCUCUUAACUUCCUGCUGUUGUGACUUACAAAUUUGUGAAAAAUCAAUCUUGUGUGACUGUAACAGUGGGAAAUAUCAAACGUUUCUAUUUUUAAUUGUAAGGGUCAAGCAUCCAGGUCAGUAGAUGACUACGAAAAUGUAGAAAUUCUUGAAGGCAUCUAGACUCAGUCACAAGGUUUUUUUUUAAAGUGGUUUUUAUUUGUACUGCUUUGUUAAUAGUAUUACAAUUUUCUGUUGGCUGAAUACUAAACAUAACUUGAGUGUUUUUAAUGAAGGUUGUAGAUGCAAAUAAAGUUUUAAAUACAACAUG